AUGGGUCCCCAGAAUGUUGUCAUUUUAAACAGCUGGAAGCAUGUAAGGGAACUUUUUGAUCGAAGAGGGGCUAUUUACUCCAGCCGUCCGGAGAAUCAUAUCGGAAAUGACCUGAUCUGCCCAGGCCAAACUCAUAUUCUUUUGGUACCAUAUGGUGCAGGUUGGCGAGUUCUUCGCAAGACAGUCCAGGCCCUUCUGAAUGUGAAAGCCGUUGAUUCUAUGGUUCCAAUCCAGAACGCAGAAGCGACACAAACAAUGUAUCAACUUCUCCGAGACCCUGACGGAUAUUACGAUCAUAUCCGACGGUAUUCUACCGCCGUGAUCUUGUCCUCUGUAUUUGGACAACGCGGAGCCGAGUUUAAUUCGCCAAAAGUUCGGGCGCUUUAUCAUGCGCAGGACCAGUUCACUUCCAUCCUGGAACCGGGAGCCACGCCUCCCGUUGAUGCAUUUCCUUUACUGCGAUACAUACCGCAAUUUUUCGCGAGCUGGAAAGCAAAAGCUAAGGCAAUUCGGGCUGAACAGCACUCUCUAUACUUCGCUCUGAUGGAAGAAACCAAAACCCGGGUUGCUAAGGGGAUCGUAACCGGCUCCUUCAUGGAACGAAUUUUGAAGGACCAGCCAAAGAAUGGACUUGAUGAUGAACAUGUUGCUUAUCUUGGUGGAAUACUGAUGGAAGCGGGAUCAGAUACCACCGCCUCGAUACUACUCUCGUAUAUGUUGGGGAUAAUUAGCAAUCCGGCCGCAUUUGCAGAAGCCCAGAGCGAACUAGACAGGCUGUGCGGCACUGGGAGGUCUCCAGUAUUUGAUGAUCUGGAUAACUUGCCUUAUUUGAGAGCUUGCAUGACUGAGACAUUAAGAUGGCGACCUGUUGCACCUGGAGGCAUACCCCAUCUACUCAUCCAAGAUGACAAUUAUGAAGGCUACCAUCUUCCCAAGGGAACGAUUGUCUUCGCAAACGCGUGGUCUAUCCACAGAGAUCAGGAGUACCGUUCGGGGGAUGAAUUUAUCCCGGAGCGCUUUUUAAACAACAAGUUCGGCUCGCAAGUAAGUAAAGAAGAGGGAAACGACUACCGCAGAGUUACGUAUAGCUUUGGCGCAGGUCGCCGAGUGUGCGCUGGCCAGCGACUUGCAGAGAAUUCACUGAUGCUCAAUAUGGCAAAGAUUACCUGGGGCUUUGAUAUCUCCGGUAAGGAUCGGGACAUAGACACUGAUGUAAAAACAGCUUAUACAGACGGCUUUGUAUUUUCCCCCAAAAGAUUCGCGGUCAAUAUAACCCCACGGAGCGAAAGACACCGAGAGGUCUUUGAGGCUGAGUUCCAGGCCCAACGGCACGUUUUUGCGAGAUACGAGGAUUGA